AUGCGUUCCACUUACCUUUUUCUGUCUGUGACAGCUUCAUUAGCUUCGGCCUUUGUCAUUCCUGAUGAGAGUAUCCUUGCGGAGAUAGUCUCUGAGACUCGAGCCGCGAAUGAUCAUUUGUCUAAAGCAGAUGUUUUGGACAUCUCCCAGGAUGAGCAUAGAGGGUGGGGAAGAAAUAGAGACUGGUAUGAUCACGAUGAGUAUCCCUGGCACGGUGAUUGGCCCGGAUACGACGAAGAUCCGCACGGGAGAUGGCCCGGUGGUGAUCGUCCCAUACAUGGGGGAUGGCCUGACGACGAACGGCCCGGGUAUGGAAGAAGGCCCGAACACGGCGGAUGGCCGGGACACCGAGAUGACGAUGACCACAGACGGUACCCUUCACACCCCCGACACGGAGAAUGUAGAGGCGACCACGAUGGACACCGACACCAUCCAAUCCACCGACCAAUCGAUGCCUGUCCAGGUCCGCUCUGCCACGCAGACAAAACGACCUGGGAACUCAUCAAAGAAAACGAGUAUACAUCUCGACUCGCUGAGCUCCUCGCCGAGGAUAAAGACCUUAUCGAGAUCCUGAACAGCACGACGGCAAACCACACUUUCUUCGCGCUGACGAACUAUGCCCUAGAAGGACUUCCACGGCGAAAUGGUCCCAGUCCAAAGUUCAUGUCCAGCUUGCUGCGGUAUCACAUCCUGCCUGGUCGAUUUACCAUUCAGCAUAUCAUAGGCCACGGGACGCUACCGACGAAAUUGACAGAGCCAGCUCUGGAAUCGGAUUUGCCACAAAGGAUUGUUGUUCGAGAGCAUCAUAAUAGAGUGAUGUUAAACGAGAGGAGUAGGGUAGUUGGAGCUGAUAUGAAAACCAAAAAUGGCAUAAUCCACAUAAUAACCAGCCCGCUGCACCCACCCCCAGAAACACGCACAGUGCUGCACAAAGCACCGGCCGACUUCGGCAUCUUUACACUGGCGCUAAAACGCACGAAACUCGCUUCCAAGCUCGAUCCGGCACAGCGACAGGGCGGGACAACCUUCGCGCCUACGAAUGCUGCGUUCAGACGGCUCGGAGAGCGUGCUAAUCGGUUUCUUUUCUCGCGGCAGGGGGAGGGGUGUUUGCGUGCGCUGAUGCAGUAUCAUAUUGUGCCGAAUCGGACGCUGUACUCGGAUGUCUUGUAUGGUAGUAAUGGGAAGGCUCAUCGGUUGUUUUCUGGGCAUGGAAGUGGAGAUGGGCAUGGGGGUAAGGGCGGGGGUGAGGGUGGACUAGAGGAGGAGUCUGCGAAUGUGCGGCUUGGGACUCUGCUGAAGGACAGGGAUUUGAGGGUUGAUGUUAAGAUGGAGUUUGGGGAGGUUGAUCUGAGGGUUAAUGGGUUUGGUAGGGUUGGACGAUUGGAUUUGUUGGCGAGGGAUGGGGUGGUGCAUGUUUUGGAUCGGGUGUUGGUUCCAUCAAGGGAUAUUCAGGAUAAAGAUGAAGGUGAAGAUGGGGAAGAACUGAUGAUCGAGGAACUUGUGGAGAGGUUGCAUGGUUGUGUCUAUGGGGGGACUCGUAGUCAACUGUGA